AUGGCAUCUCAAGAUGAAAUUCAUCAUCAUCAUCAACAUAAAAAUGUUCAAUAUACGAAAUCAUCUUUUGCUGUUCUACUAGCUGCGUUUUCUUCAUUGGCUGGAUGGUUUUUUGGAUAUGAUCAAGGUGUUACUGGUGGUAUUGUUGUCAUGAGUUCAUUUAAAAAUGACUUUUGUAUUGGUGUUUACGCCAAUGCAAGUGUUUGCGAUCUUCCAGUAGCUGCUUUGCCUGCCGAUUACAGACGAUUUAUAGUACUCUUUACGUUAUUGUAUAAUUUUGGAUGUUUUAUUGGUGCUAUAUUCAUUUCUUCAUUUGUGGCCGAAAAAUAUGGACGUCGAGCCAUUAUUUUCACUUCAGCAGUUCUAUUUUUAAUUGGCACUUCCAUUGUUAUUUUUCCAUCAGGUGGUUCGAAAAAGAUAAUGACUUUGAUACUUAUUGGGCGAAUUGUCGAAGGAGCAGGUGUUGGAUGUUCUUCAUUUUCUUGUCCAUUAUAUGCUUCUGAAAUAGCUCCAACAAAUUUACGCGGAAUGCUUUCUGGAUUUAUGCAAAUGACUAUAGUAGCCGGCUUAUUUGCUGCAAAUGUCGUAAAUUUCUUAAUCCAAGAUCAUAAAUGGGGUUGGCGAUUGUCAAAUGGAAUUAUUUUAAUCGCUCCAAUUACAAUUAUGAUCGGUAUAUUUUUCUGUCCUGAAACUCCUCGAUGGUUAUUCAAGAAUAAGAGUAGAGAAUCAGCAGAGAGAAGUUUACAACGUAUUCGUAGAACAGAUAAUGUAACUGCUGAACUAGAUGCUAUUGCUGAUGCUAUACACAAAGAAGGCAACCAACGUUCGACCAAAGAAUUAUUUACAACAAAGAAAAUGCUUCAAAGACUUGGUAUAGGAAUGGGCAUACAUAUUUUAGCACAAACAUCAGGUAUUAAUGUUGUAUUUACAUUUGGUGGUAUAAUAUAUGAAAGUGUUCUUGGAAAGGGUAUCAUAUCAUUAUUAGUUUUGUCUGGCGCACUUGUACUCAGCACAUUUCCAGCCUUAUUCUUAUUUGAUAGACUAGGACGUCGAAAACUUCUCAUACUUGGCGCCUUUGGCAUGGUAGUUGGCCAUUUUGUAGCAGCAACAGUAUUUGCUACAGGUUGUGGCGUAAUCAAAACUAUCACCAAUGACACUACAAUGAAUCAUGAAAUUGUGAAUUGUGAAAGAAGUUCUGGUAUAUUAAUGCUUGUCUCUACAACUAUUUUUGUAUGUUUUUUUGCAAUUUCUUGGGGACCAGUCGCUUGGAUUUAUGCAGCUGAGAUUUUCCCUCUUAAUGUUAGAGCUAGAGCUGUUUCAAUAACGACAGGAAGCUCCUGGUUUAGUUGUGUCAUCAUAUCAUAUGCACUCGAGUUAAUAAAUCCAUUAGGAAUACAUGGAGUAUUUUAUCUUUUCGGUAGCUUUUGUUUAUUGGCCGCAAUAUUCGUAUAUCUUUUUUGUCCAGAAACGAAAGGAGUUUUAUUGGAAGAUAUUGAAGAAGAAUUUGAUAGUUUUCAGUUGAAAAAUAGAACAAUAAUAAAAGUCUUGCGAACAUUAUGUCAGGGGAAAUAA